GUAACCAAACAGCCUGUACCCAUCCAUGUCUUAUAAACUGGAUGGGAAGUGCUUGGAACAGCCAAGAAGAAGAAAUUGAGUGUGAGCCCUAGGUAGAGAGGUGAGGAGAGAAUGGAACGCCUUCUCAAGAUGGCUCGAGCAUCCGGUUCUCUCGACCUCUCCAACAGGAAUCUGAGGGAAGUGCCUCCGCAAGUCUACAAGCUCCUGGAGUGUGUUGGGCAGGAUGAAAAGUGGUGGGAGCUUGUAGAUCUUCACAGGCUUGUUCUUGCUCACAACAAGAUCAAGCUUCUUUCCCAGGAGCUCGGGAAUCUCGUCUCUGUCGUGGUCCUCAACAUCAGCUACAAUGAACUGGAAUCUCUUCCUGAAAGCAUUGGCAUGCUGACUUCAUUGAAGACGCUCGAUGUUUCUCACAAUGCGAUUUUGGAACUUCCGGUGGAGAUUGGAAAUCUAGCAUCUCUCGUGAAGUUUCUCGCGUCCAACAACCAAAUUAAGGAGCUUGCUUCCACGAUUGGACUGUGUGUUGAUCUUGCAGAGCUAAAGUUGUCCAACAAUGGCCUCACAUUUCUGCCAGAUCAACUGGCUUCCUGUUCUCGACUGAUUAGCCUCAGUAUCGAGGGAAACAAAAUCACCGGUUUUCCUUCAAGCUUGUUCCACUCGCUCGGUAAUCUGACUGAGCUUAAUGCAGGAAAGAAUGCUAUAACUGAGCUACCAGAAGAAAUUGGUAAUCUCACUCGACUUCUACGUCUCGACUUACAUCAGAAUAAGAUCAAGUCGAUACCAUCUUCUUUGGUAAAUUGCAGUAUGCUGGUGGAGGCGUAUUUUGGAGAUAACUUGCUUUCUUCUCUUCCAAACGAGAUUGGGAACCUCCAGUCAUUGCUCACAUUUGAUCUGCAUGGUAAUCAGCUCUCUGAGUUCCCAGUUUCUGCUUGUUCCAUGCGGCUUUCUGUGCUCGACCUUUCUAACAACAAUCUAAGCGGAUUGCCUCCUGAGCUCGGCUUCAUGGGAUCGUUGAGAAAGCUUGUGCUUACAGGAAAUCCCUUGCGAACGUUAAGAACUUCCUUGGUUACUGGAAGUACUCCUGCUCUACUUAAGUACUUGCGUGAUCGUUCCACAGCUGAAGAUGAAUCAAAACCAGAAGCUGCCUCGUCAGGCAAUAUAUUUGGCAUGAACAUCCAGGAGCAGGUUGUCCAAGCAGCACGAGUGGCAGUUUCUUCAAAAGCCUUGUCUCUUUCCGACAAAAAUUUGGACCAUGUUCCUCCUGCAGUGUGGGAGUCAUGCGACCUUGUCCAACUUGAUCUUGCUAAGAACUGCAUCCAAGAGCUGCCGCCAGAAAUGUCGAUGUGCACUUCGAUGGAGGCUCUCAUUCUUGCAGACAAUAAGAUCCAAGAGUGGCCAGGAAGCGUUUUCGCCUCUCUACCAAACCUCAAGCAUCUAAAUCUUGCUCGAAAUCCUAUAGUUGCGCUUCCACCAGGUGCAUUCUCGGCCGUGUCCAAUCUACAACUCCUGGAUUUAAGUGGCGUGGUUGCACAGCUUCUACCACCUCCGUGCUUGUCUCUAAUGACUGGCCUCCAAGAACUGCGACUGAUGAGAACUCAAAUGGCAGCCAUCCCUUGGGAUUUGCCCCGGAUGUCUAGCUUACGAAUUUUGGACUUGAGCCAGAACAAUAUUAGCGUGCUACCUCAGGAAUUCGGUGAGAUGAGUACGCUCGAAGAACUGGACUUGACGGACAACAACCUGUCUACUCUUCCUCCUCAACUGGGAUAUCUGGAACCCACAUUACGCAAGCUUAAAGUGGACGGGAAUCCAUUGAGAAGCAUUCGGCGAGGCAUCCUCGAGCGCGGAACAAAAGCGUUGCUUCAAUACCUCCACGGCAAGCUCCCUCAAUGAUAGAGGUAGUGUGAUUCUUAUUAUAAAGGUUGGAUAGAUUAAUGGUUUUCUAGCUAUGCUUGGCUUGGUUGGUAUGCUUGCGAUGUUUCCUUGUGGUUCCCAUAGUCCGGAUCAACAGGGAUUCACAAGCUUUAUUCUUUCGAGAAGAAGGUAAGCUACCGAGAUUUUGAUGGCGAACUUUGGAGCUGCUCCAAAGUCAGUGGCCACUUUCGUCGCCUCGUGGGUGUGUACUUCCAUCGCGAUUUUAGCGAAAAGCAGUCAAAGAUUUGACAAAGUUAAGCCUGGUUCUUCCAAGAACAAUAAAAAUAGGAUUCAUCU